AUGGCCCAACCAGCGAGUACCAUGCUCGACGGCGGCGAUCCGCGUCUCAACGAGAAAGAGCGCGACUUGGCCGAUGCCGCCGUGGCCCGCGGGGGCACGCGCCCCCAGCAUCGCUCGCUGUACGAUUCCUCAGUCAGCUUUGAGGAAUACCACUACUAUGCUCAGUUGACGCGCGCUGAGGAGGACAACUAUCCCGACCACGACAAGGAGCGCGGCUGGCUAUCCGUCAUCUUCCCUUCCAAGUCCGACGGCGGCGUAGCCCAGAACGGCGACGGCGACUCUAGUAUCAAGAAUGCCGCCGGCCUCAACACCAACAAUCCCGAGGUCAGAGAUGUCAUUAGCGACGACGAAUGGGCCAAUGCCUCGCGUGCCCUCCGUACGGCCACCCGUGGUGCCAUUUUCUAUCUGAUCACUACCGAUAUUCUGGGUCCCUUCGGUCUGCCCUACGCUUUUGGAACCAUGGGUUGGGGACCUGGUAUCGCCCUGUUCACCGUCUUCGCCGGCCUGGCCAUCUACUCUGGUUACUUGCUCUGGGACACCUUCCUCGGUCUGGACUCGUACCAGUACCCGAUCCGCCAUUUUGGUGACAUUGGCUUGCGUCUGUAUGGCCCAUGGCUGCGCUACCUGUUCAACGUUCUCCAGAGUAUUCAACUGCUCCUCAAUGUCGGUCUGAUUGUCAUUUCCAACGGUGAAGCCCUCUCCCAGGUCGCCAAAUUCAAACUCUGCUUCAUCAUCUGCUGCUUGAUCUGGGCUAUUGUUGGUUUCAUUCUCGGCCAGAUCCGUACCCUGCAAAAGUUCGGCUGGAUUGCCAACGCCGCCGUCUGGCUCAACUUGAUUUGCAUGUUUGUCACCAUGGGUGCCGCUGCCAACCAGGACCCCAACUACAGCGCCGCCAGCCAGGCCGCUGGUUCUGUCAUUGACGGUGGUGUGCUUGUUCAGCAAGACGCCCAGGGUAACUGGCCCCCCGUUACCACAAGCGGUGGUCUUCCUAUCUCCGAUGGCUUUGCCGGCUCCGUCAGUGGUGCUAUGCAAGCCGUCUUUGCUUACGGUGGUUCCAUGGUCUUCCCCGAAUUCAUGGCCGAGAUGAAGCGCCCCAAGGACUUCUUCACUGCCAUGUUCGCCGCCCAGAUGUUCAUCUACGUUUGGUACAUGUUCUACGGCCUUUUCAUGUACGGAUACCAGGGACAGUACACUGUCAACCCCAGUUACUUGGGUGUCAGCGGUUAUCCUUUGCAGACCGCCGGUAACGUCUUUGCCAUGCUCAGUGCUGCAAUUGCUGCUGCUCUGUACGGCAACAUUGGCGUCAAGGUUCUCUACAACAACAUCUUUGUCGAAAUCUUCCGUCUCCCUCCGUUGACCACCAAGGGAGGGAAGAUUGCCUGGGUUGCCGUGAUCCCCGUCUACUGGGCAAUUGCCUUUAUCGUUGCCGCCGCUAUUCCCAACUUCUCUGGUUUGACCUCGGUCGUUGCCGCUUUCUGCAUCCUGCACUUCACCUACACCUUCCCGCCCAUGCUGUCCAUUGCAUUCUGGAUCAAAAAGCAUGCCAUGCAGGAGGGAGAGGGCUUCAACCCUGACAGCGGCGAGACUGUGCGCCACGACAGCGGCGUUCGCCGUGUUAUCCGUGGAUUCUUCUUCCCCGGCUUCCUCAGCAGCAAGUACUUUUACUUUAGCUCCUUCAAUAUUCUCUAUUUUUUCGGCGCUCUCGCUCUGGCUGGUCUCGGUGCUUACUCUGCUAUUGAAGUGCUGAUUGAGGCGUAUGCCACCAGCGUGACCACCUCGUUUACCUGCAAGAGCCCUGUGCAGAGCUAG